UUAUCGUUUUUCGUCGCAAUAAUAACUACGUCUCAAUUCAAAACUAAUCAAAGUCAAUUAUAUAUAUAAAUUCUCCAUAUACGUGUUGUCCUUUCUUGUCCCAUUUAUAGUUAAUCUUUGGCUCUUUGCUUCCUUUUUUUUGUCCCAUUGAUAAUUAGUCUUUGGCUCUUUACUUUCUUUUAAUUAAUACUCCUUUAUCAUCACCAUUACUACUCUACAAGAAAGCCAAACGGUCCCUAAAAAAAGGUACUCCAUCAAUUUUAUAAACUCCAUUUAACUUCAUAUUUGCAGUUACAACUUCGUGAAAUGCCUUUUCAAUAGCCAAUUUCAAGAAUCCCCUUAAUUCUACCAAAGAAAAAUUUGAUACUUUUGAUCUCUAGGCGGAGAUAUCUUCAAGAUAGGGGCGGAGAUACCUUCGUAGUAGGGUAAGGUCUCUACGUACACACUACCUUCCUCCGACCCCCCUUCGAGGCAGAUAUUCUCUAUACUUAUAGAGGGUUAGAAAGCGUCAGUUCUUAUAUCGAGACGGUAAAGAAAAUAUCUAUCUUGGCAACAAAGCAUCAAACACGUCACUGACUGAUAGUUUAUCUUCCGAAUCGGUUAACAAAAACAUGGGAAAAGUGAGAGGAUUUAGGAUUGGAAGGAGACUAGUGAGAGUUUUCAAGUGGUUUAUUCAUAGGAGAAGAAGGGGAAGAAUCAGCUACAAACGGUUAGGAUCUUCUAAUUAUGCAACCAAAGCAAUUUCAAAGCUAUGUAAUUUGGGAAAUUUGUUGAAAUAUGGUGCAAAAGGUCUUAAUUUUACAAGGCCGAAUUCGGGUUAUAUUCGGGUCGGGCAAGAUUUCAUGGAGCAGAAGGAAAUGAUUGUACCAAAGGGUCAUUUGGCUGUGUAUGUUGGUGAAAAGGAAGAUAAUGCAUGUAGGGUUUUAGUGCCUGUGAUUUAUUUUAAUCAUCCUUUAUUUGCUGAUUUAUUGAGAGAGGCUGAAAUGGAAUAUGGGUUUAAUCAUUCGGGUGGGAUCCAAAUCCCUUGUCGGAUAUCCGAAUUCGAGUAUGUUCAAUCAAGAAUCGCCGCCACGGGUGGUGGUGGAAGAUGCCGUGGAAGGCGGAGUUGGAUGCAUAAGUACUAGUACUGGUGAGUUGUGAUCAGAGACGAAUUUAAAAUUUAAAAAUAUACUAUUUUUUUUAACUUUUAUGUUUAUGGAGAAAGUAGUGUGAGUAGUUUUUGAUUCGCUACUUAAUUUCCGCUCUGAUUAUGACGAUGUUAAGGUUUGUUAUUCUGUUUUAGUGAUCAGUUCGUUAGUUUCUUUGAUCCCACUCGGUCUCUUUCUGUUGCCGGAGGUAGGGAGGCUUAGUUUAAUAUUUUUUAUUUUGUCAAAAAAAAAUGUAAAAGAUUUGACAGUUAUGCCAAAGCUUUAGGGUGUGGAUGAUAUAAUAUUUGUAGGUAUUUGUUGAA